GGAAGAGGAGGAGCAGCCCGCAGCCCACGCGGUUGCCCCGCUCAGGCCGCAGCUGCCCCGGCUCCGCCGGCAUCGCCCGCCCGGCAGCCGCAGGUGAGCGGGGAGCGGCAGCUCGCCCCGGCGGGGAAGGCGGGAGCCCCGGAGCGGGGAGAGCGCCGAGGGGCGAUGGCGGAGCCCGGGGACCCCCGGCAGGCUGGAGGGGUGGGGGAGGCCGGGGAGGAGCGGGCUCCGGGCCCCCCGAGGCUGGAAGGGGGGCGCUGCCUUGUGCAGCCGCGCUCGGGCAGCGGCACCAUCGAAGGCAGCGCGCCCAGCCCUUGUUCUCCCCCAGAGCAGCAUUUCCCACUCCCCAGCCUCGGCCCGAUGCAGCAGCAGCAGCAGCAGGAGGAGGAGGAGGGGGCGGCGAGGAAGAGGAAGAUGGCCCGGGAGCCCCAGGCAGAGCAGGAGCCGGGCGUGGAGAGCAGGGAGGAGAAAUGCCCGCGGCAGAACCUGCUGGAAGAGGCCCUUUGGAGCGGCUCCGCGGCGCAGGAACCCAACGGGGAGGAAAAGCCCCGGAGAUGCCUCGCGAGGAGGGGCUGCGAGCGCAGAUGGCGGGGAUCCCAGGGGGAAAGAGCCAGCCCGGGCCGGGGAGGCGGCCGGAGCUCGGAGCUGGGGCUCCACGAGCCGCUCCAGGAUGGGGAGAAGCCCCACGAGUGCUCGGAGUGCGGGAAGAGCUUCAGGUGGAGAUCCGAGCUGGUCGUCCACCAGAGGAUCCACACCGGGGAGAAGCCGUACGCGUGUGGGGAGUGUGGGAAGGGCUUCAGGUUGAGGUCCAGUCUGAACGUCCACCAGAGGAUCCACAGCGGGGAGAGGCCCUACAAAUGUCCCCAGUGUGGGAAGGGCUUCAGAGAGAGCUCCAGCCUGAACGUCCACCAGAGGAGCCACACCGGGGAGAAGCCGUACACGUGUGGGGAGUGUGGGAAGAGCUUCAGAGGGAGCACCAACCUGAUUGUGCACCAGAGGGGCCACACCGGGGAGAGGCCCUACGAGUGCCAUCAGUGCCGGAAGACGUUUCGGGGCAGCAGUCACCUCGUUGAGCACCAGCGCUCUCACACUGACGAGAGGCCCUUCCGCUGCCCCGACUGCGGCAAGAGCUUCAACCGCAGCUCCACCCUCAACAGGCACCGGCGCGUCCACACCGGGGAGAGGCCCUACGAGUGCGGGAAAUGCAGGAAGAGGUUCCAGAGCACCUCCGAUCUCCUCGUGCACCAGCGCAUCCACACGGACGAGAGGCCCUUCCGCUGCCCCGACUGCGGGAAGGGCUUCAAGCACAACUCCGUCCUCGUCACCCACCGGAGGAUCCACACCGGGGAGAGGCCCUACGAGUGUGGGGAGUGUGGGAAGGGCUUCAGUGAGAACUUCAGCCUGAUUGUCCACCAGAGGGGCCACACCGGGGAGAGGCCCUACGAGUGCGGGCAGUGCCAGAAGAGGUUCCGCACCAGCUCCCAUCUCCUCCCGCACCAGCGCUCACACGCGCAGGAGAGGCCCUUCCGCUGCCCCGAGUGCGGGAAGGGCUUCAAGCAGAACUUUACCCUCACCAGGCACCGGCGCACCCACACCGAGGAGAGGCCCUACGAGUGCGGGCAGUGCGGGAAAAGGUUUCGGACCAGCUGUGAUCUUUUCGUGCACCAGCGCUUCCACACGGACGAGAGGCCCUUCCGCUGCCCCGACUGCGGGAAGGGCUUCAAGCUGAACUCCCACCUCGCCAGGCACCGGCGCGUCCACACCGGGGAGAGGCCCUACGAGUGCGGGCAGUGCGGGAAGAGCUUCUCACAGAGCUCGACCCUGAGCAGACACCAGUGCAUCCACACAGGGGAAGAAAUCUACAAGUGUGAGGUGUGUGGGAAGAGCUUCAGGUGGGAAAUCUCCCUGAUCCGCCACUCCAAUAUCCACACGGGGGAGCAGCUCUACAAGUGCUCGGAAUGCGGGAAGAGCUUCAGGUGGAGAUCCGCCCUGAUCUGCCAUCGCAGAAUCCACACCGGGGAACGGCCCUACAAGUGCGACCAGUGUGGCAAGAGUUUCGUGCUGAGCUGCACCCUGGUUGUCCACCAGAGGAGCCACAGCGGGGAGAGGCCCUACGAGUGCGGGGAGUGCGGGAAGAGCUUCAGUUCGAGCUCCCACCUGAGCGUCCACCAGAGGAGCCACACGGGGGAGAGGCCCUACAAGUGUGACCAGUGCGAGAAGAGCUUCAGCAGGAGCUCCCAGCUCGUCUACCACCAGACGACGCACAGUGGGGAGAAGCCCUACGAGUGUGAUCAGUGCAAGAAGAGGUUUAAGAAAAGCUCGCUUCUCCUCCUGCACCAGUGCACGCACGCGGAGGAGAGGCGCUUCCGCUGCCGCGACUGCGGGAAGGGCUUCGAGCACAACUCUGACCUCGUCACCCACCGGAGCAUCCACAUCGGGGAGUGCCCCUACGAGUGUCCCCAGUGUGGGAAGAGCUUCCCCAGGAGCUGCCAGCUGAUUGUCCACCAGAGGAGCCACGCGCGGGAGAAGCCGCACGAGUGCGGGCAGUGCGGGAAGAGCUUCGGUGACAACUCCAGCCUGGUCGUCCACCAGAGGAGCCACGGCGCGGAAUGGCCCCACAAGUGUGGGGAGUGCGGGAAUAACUUCAGCACAAAGUCCAGCCUGAACGUCCACCAGAGGAUCCACAGCGGGGAGAGGCCUUUUGAGUGCGAUCAGUGCCAGAAGAGGUUUGUGACCAGCUCGUCUCUCAUCGUGCACAAGCGCAUCCACACGGGGGAGAGGCCCUUCCAGUGCCCCAGCUGCGAGAAGAGCUUCAACCAGAGAGCCGCCCUCAUCGCCCACUGGCACGUCCACACCAGGGAGAAACCCUACGAGUGUGCCCAGUGCAGGAAGAGCUUCUCGCACAGCUCGACGCUGUCCAGGCACCAACGGAGGCACCAUAAGGGCAGCCCUGAGACAUCCCCGAGCGCGGGAAGAGCUCCGUGCGCCGCUCCAGCUGCGACCCCCGCGGGAGGAUCCGCGCUGGAUGAUCCCCAGUGGGCAGAGCCCCGGUGAUCCGGGUUGGGAAGACACCUGCCUGGGGGGCUCCGCGGCCUCCCGGCUCCCCAUGGCCUGGAUUUUCUUUCCAUUUCUUUUUUUGUACUUUCCAAACACCCAAAGCUGGGUUAAAAAUAAAAAGAUGUUGAACUAAGACAAGGAUUGGUGACGUGGGGGGGAUCCUCCAGGGGAUGAGGGGGAUGUUGAGUCCGAGGGAGCUGAGGGUUUCCAGGAGGGACUUGGGGGUUGCUCAGGGCUUUGGGCACCCCAGGCCCAGCGGCUCUGGCUGAGCUGGGAGACCCUGGCGGAGGUUCUGGGGCAGCUGAUGGAGGAGCCCCUGCCCUGGAGGUGUC